UCCAGAACUUUCCGUGGCUGACUGGAUGCCCCAAUCUGGAGCUGACAAAGCAUGUGAACAGUCAUUAAUUGAAGAAUACAGUCUGAGAGUUGAACAAGUGAAUUUCGCUAAUUUACAUCAGCAGGAUGAUUCCCUACAGAGGAAGCCAUCUGUUUCUGAGGCAAGGAAAAGUGAGCAAGAGAUAAUCCCACUUCCAGACAUGUCAGAAAUCGUGCCCCCGGAAGUGAAACCAAAACCUGUUGUCCCUGCCAAGCCAUCUCAUGUGGUACUGCCCAACAACACCUCCCUUGCACCCCUCCAGGGGUCAGGGGCUGGAAGCCAGGGGUCAGGAGGAGGCUCAACAUUGCUGGGAUAUGUUGGGAUAGACACCAUUAUUGAACAGAUGAGGAAGAAAACCAUGAAGACCGGCUUUGAUUUUAACAUCAUGGUUGUAGGUCAAAGUGGCUUAGGGAAAUCCACCAUGGUCAAUACUCUAUUUAAGUCUCAGGUGAGCAGGCGGAGCUCUGGCUGGAGUCGUGAUGAGAAGAUCCCCAAGACUGUGGAGAUCAAAUCUGUGUCACACGUCAUAGAAGAAGGUGGUGUGAAAAUGAAACUGACAGUGAUUGACACUCCUGGAUUUGGUGACCAGAUCAAUAACGAAAACUGCUGGGAGCCAAUAUCGAAAUAUAUCAAUGAGCAGUAUGAGAAGUUUUUAAAGGAAGAAGUUAACAUUGCCCGUAAAAAACGGAUUCCAGACACCCGAGUGCACUGCUGCUUGUACUUCAUAUCUCCAACUGGACACUCACUGCGACAGCUGGACAUUGAGUUCAUGAAGCAUUUAAGUCGAACUGUAAACAUCAUUCCUGUCAUUGCCAAAGCUGAUACUCUUACUCCUGAGGAAAAAACAGAAUUCAAGCAGAGGGUGAGGAAGGAGCUGGAGGUAUGUGGAAUUGAAUUUUAUCCACAAAAGGAGUUUGAUGAAGACCAGGAGGACAAGGCUGAUAACGAUAAGAUCAGGGAGGCCAUGCCUUUUGCAGUAGUAGGAAGUGACAAAGAGUACCAAGUCAACUGCAAACGGGUUCUGGGUCGGAAGACUGCCUGGGGAAUUGUAGAAGUUGAAAACCCGAAUCACUGUGAAUUCUCGCAACUACGGGAUUUCCUGAUCAGGUCUCACCUCCAAGACCUGAAGGAGGUCACACAUAACAUUCAUUAUGAGACGUACCGAGCCAAAAGGCUCAACGACAACGGAGGACUCCAUCCCAUUUCAACCAGCAACAGCACACAGGAAAGCAACCUGCUUAAGGACAACCUGCCAAAACAAAUCAGGACACAUUUUUACCAGCCUUGAUGGUGAUAUAUUGAUGCACACAUCAAUGUACUCUGAUUUAACUGUUCCUAAAUGCAACGCAGCAUUUAACACUGGCUGCAUGUUUUACAAAGCUUACCCUGAUUACCAAUGAACCUUUUGGACACCAAUUCAGGACUCCAGGCAAGCACACCCAGUACUGAUUCCUCUCAACCCAAGAUUUUUGAAUGAAUGUUUACCCCCAUACAUUUUGUAAACUUGUUUCUAGACCAUGUGUGUGUGUGUGUGUGUGUGUGUGUGUGUGUGUGUGUGUGUGUGUGUGUGUGUGUGUGUGUGUGUGUGUGUGUGUGAGAGAGAGAGAGAGAGAGAGAGAGAAUGUGCCUUUAUAGUGCCAGUGUUCAAACAACUCAAAUACAUAAUGUUCAACUUUAGUUUUUGUUGGGUUUUUUUUUGUUGUUUUUUAUCAGAUGAAUAUUUUAUCUGUGUCAUUGUUUGUAUCAGUGUGCAUGUAUAUUGCUGGAACAAUGGUAUUGCUUGAUGUCUAAAUGUUCACUUUAGUGUUAACCACUUGAUAUUUUAGUCAAAGCACAGGUCAAUUCAUGAUCCAUUUAGGCAAGAGAAAUUGAACUGUAUCACUCACUCAGAUUAUCUUAUACAUUUUGCCAAUCUUUGGCAAUUUUAAGUUUUUUCUCACUAAUGCUUUUUGUGAAAUAUUAAAUUACAAGGAUGGUAUUCUUGCUAAGUGUUUUUAAGUAUUAUUUAUUAUAUAAUUUAAUAAACAUGUUUUUUCCAUCA